CAGUUUCAGUUUAGACAGAGAUCGGGGGCAAACGCAACCCAAAUCGGGGGUUUCUAUUCAAAGCCAGCUGGUCUGGCUUUAUCACAUGCGGGACAUUUGUUUUAGGCAAUUUGUUUGUAUUUUUAGUUUUUUUUCAACUAUCUCCAUUGUUUUCCUUUCUUUUUUUUAAACUUUUGAACUGUUCGAUUGAGCUGGUCCCUAGCUGGUACUGAGGGGUGUAACUUCCUGGGGAAGCAGAGAAACGGCACGGGUGCCAACCAAAAACAACCUCAAGCAUUGUGAACACUGAAAGGACUUCUCCGAUGAAUCGCUGACAAGCUGCACGGAGAAAGCUACAAGACUGACGGCGCGCAAGACGGCUGACGAAGGAACAUUGAAGGUGGUACGGAUGCUGGAGUCUUUGAGUUGAUUGGAACAAAUAGAAAGCAGAAAAAAAAGACAGAUAAAGGAAGAGCAGAAGAGUGAAGAGAGAGCAGAAGAAAGAGGAGAGAAAAGAAAGCAUAAAGUUCUUUAGAAAGAGGAGAGAAAGAAAGAGACGGGGACGAUGGGGAGGAAAAAGAUUCAGAUCACGCGGAUUAUGGAUGAACGCAACAGACAGGUGACAUUUACAAAGCGAAAGUUUGGCCUGAUGAAGAAGGCGUAUGAGCUGAGUGUGCUGUGUGACUGUGAGAUUGCCCUGAUCAUCUUCAAUAGCACCAACAAGCUGUUCCAGUAUGCCAGCACAGACAUGGACAAGGUCCUGCUUAAAUACACAGAGUACAAUGAGCCCCAUGAGAGCAGGACCAACUCUGAUAUUGUGGAGACAUUGAGAAAGAAGGGCCUAAACGGCUGUGACAGCCCAGACCCUGAUGCAGACGACUCGGCAUUAAGCAGGAAGGAGAAUAAAGGCGGCGAAAGUCCGGAACUCGAGUCGACUCUCAUCCUCACCCCACGCACUGAGGAGAAAUACAAACAGAUUAACGAGGAGUUUGAUCACAUGAUUAAAACUCAUAAGAUACCUGCCGUGCCCCCAUCGAACUAUGACAUGUCUGUGUCCAUUCCCGUUAGCAACCAGAACAAUCUCAUUUACAGCCAUCCCGGUGGUUCUCUAGGCAACCACAACCUGUUGCCACUGGCGCACCAUGGCCUACAGAGAAACAGCAUGUCUCCCGGAGUUACACACAGACCCCCCAGUGCAGGUGGCCUCAUGGGUGCUGACCUCACCACUGGCGCAGGCACCAGUGCUGGAAAUGGAUAUGGGAACCACCGCAACUCGCCAGGUCUGCUGGUCUCUCCAGGCGGCAUGAACAAGAACAUGCAGGCUAAGUCUCCCCCGCCCAUGAACUUAGGCAUGAACAACCGCAAACCUGACCUACGUGUGCUCAUCCCCCCUGGCGCCAAAAACAACAUGCCCUCCAUCAACCAGAGAAUAAACAACUCCCAGUCUGCUCAGUCAUUGGCAACCCCAGUGGUAUCAGUAGCAACUCCCACUCUACCAGGACAAGGCAUGGGCGGUUACCCAUCUGCCAUCUCUACUUCUUAUGGUACCGAGUAUUCCCUGAAUAGCGCAGACCUGUCCUCCCUGUCUGGCUUCAACAGCGGCAGCUCCCUUCACCUCGGCUCAAUGAGCGGGUGGCAACAGCAACACCUUCAGAACAUGCAGCAUUCAGCCCUCGGCCAGCUAGGAAAUUGCUCUAGCUCUCACUUAUGUCAGGGUUCAAAUCUCUCCCUGCCCUCUGCUCAAAGCCUGCACAUCAAGUCCGAACCUGUUUCUCCUCCUAGAGAUCGCACCAGCAGCACGGGGGGCUACGGUGGGGUACCACCUCCUCAGAACCCCUCGUCCCGCCAGGACUCGGGACGCUCCCCUGUUGAUAGCCUGAGCAGUUGUAGCAGCUCCCAUGAGGGCAGCGACCGCGACGAGCACAGGAAUGAGUUCCACUCGCCUCUGGGACUGGCCCGGCCCGCCAUGGACGAGCGCGAGAGCCCCUCCAUCAAACGGGUGCGCCUGUCAGAAGGAUGGGCCACAUGAUAGCUCUGUCCACUCCCCGGCAGUGCCCCCCUCCGAGUUGCCCUGAGACCCCCCCCUCCCCCCCGACAACGCAGCGUUACGAUGCCCCCAAAGUCAGCUCCCUCCUCUUCCUCCUCUCACUCGAUAUCACGAGUCACUCACCACCCAACCCCAUGGCCUCUCUCCUUUUAUCUCUGUAACGCUGAAGGAAAGAAAAGGGACAGCCCCUUUUUCAAAAAUAUGUUUGUAAUUUCUUUUCUUUUUUCUUUUCUUUUUGCUGAGUGUGUGUGCUAUACAUAUUGACAUUAUAUAAACCAGUGGGGUGUUGUAAUGGGGGUUUGGGAGGGUGGGUGUUGGUUGGGACAGGAUCUGGGGGUAUUUUUGUUGGGGAACUAUGCAUAAAUUGUAUUGUGUGUGGAUAAAAAGAAUCACGUAUGCAUAUAUCUUUACACGUGUGUGUAUGUGUACAUAUAUGCAUAUCAACAAAUAAUCAAAAAAAAAUAGUCAGGUACUCUGUUUCAUAAAACGUACUUACACUUUGCCUCAGCGAUAUAUCAGUGACUAGAAAAAAAUAAAUGAAAAAAAAAAUAAAAAUAACAUGAGAGUGAGUGUGUCCAAUGGAAAACACUUUAGCACUUGAGUUGGGCAAACAAUACAUGUGUACAGUGUCGGUUUCAUUGCUAUAUACCUUCUCUGCAGUUCUCCCUUGCAAAAAUGUGUGUUAACAUUAGAUGAUGUCAUGUUGCAGGUUCAACGUAUUUAUGUAAAUAGUGGGUGAAGGGGGGAAGGGCAGGGGUCAAAAAGUUGCCAGACAUUACAAGAUUUAUUUACUCACGAAAUGAAAAGCUAUUAUGCAACAUUUGAAGGAUUGUACAGGUAAACAGGCAGACCCAACGCUAGAUAUGUGGAACCUUUGAUUUUUUAGCGCUCCCCUUAAAGAACUGGAGCUGAGCGAGGACCACCCUUUGAUCUGAGAGCUACGUUAGUGUAAUCAAGAAAACUCUGGAUCUAGUAUUAAUAUUCAGUAUUAAUAAACAAACAAAAAAGGAAAAAAUAAAAAACAAUUGUACGAUACACUUGCUUAUAUUUUCAUAUGAAAGGAAUACAAUGCAAAGCAUUUUUGUGGCUUUUUGUAGUUUAUAUAAGCCAGAAUGUGUUUUUGAUAGCUUUGCUAAUAAGAGAUGGAUAGUUCACCCAGAGGGGAAAUGACAGGGCUCUGCAGCCCUAAGCCAUGAAAAAACCGACCCGAGAUCCAAUGCUUUGCUGAACUGUUUUAUCUUUGUAGAGGUUUGUUUUUAAACGUGUAUUUCUAAUUAUAUAUAAUAAUGGUAAUAUUAAGAUUCUUUAAAAAAAAAAAACAAUCUGUGAAAUUAACAUGCUUGUGUAUAGCUUUCUAAUAUAUGAAUAUAUAUACUAAUGAUUUCUUUUUUUUUUUUUUUUUCUUGGUUUCUUAGUGGAGUUUCUAUGUGCAGUUGCACAUGUUGUCUGGUUUGUUUGAUUUGAGCCCUGAACAGUGCUGUUCAGGCGUGUAUUUAGUCUAACCUUAAAAACCAGCUGGAGAGCAUUGCCAGGGUUUGUGUGACGGAGGAGAGACAGGCCUCAUUGCUGAAACACAAACCUGUUAGUGGAAAAUGUCAUGAGACUGGAACUCGGGCUGACACCGAAAUACAUGUUGACACAUGAUGUACAUGAUUGUCAUACAGAUGAGGAAACGUGGCUGACCCUCAAUUCAUGUCUAGGUGCAUUCAAAUGCAUCCGAUAUUUCAUUCUUUACCUUAACUAUCUAAUUUAAUAAAGUUAAUCUCAUAAAACAUGUUGUUUUGACAUUAGCGGUGUUCUGUUCCAUUUCAAAUCUUCACCACAAGCCCAGACCCGAUCCAUACUAUUUUUCUUCUGAAUCAUAUUUAUGUGAUAUCAUUCUGCAAGUGCGUUACGAUUAAUUAUCCCUGAUGAUUUUGCAAACCUAAUUUGACUCGACGUCGUCCUGUGUCUCUUUAUGUUCCACUCUUCAAACCGGGGUUCUGCGUCAUUUAACACACGUCACAUCAUGACGGUUCAGUGUCAGAUACACAAGGACAUAUUGAUCAUGCUGGUAUGAAAGAAGCACAAUUGUUUAUUUUAAAUAAAUAGCUGUUUUGAUUUUCUCUUUUUUAAACGAUGAAACUAGCCACAUAUCUCUCUGCCUCCCACUCCCGUAUCUGCUGUCACUUAAGUGUUAUAAUAUUUUUAUGUGCAUAUUUCAUGCAGGUUCACUAUGUUGUUACUGUAUACAGUCUGUGUAGUCAAACAGGGGCAGAGCCUCUAUAAUGGUGUUCUUCUCUUUUUUUUAUUUUAUUCAAUACAAAAAGGUUGAGAAAAAAAAUAAACAUGAUGUUUCAGGCAGCGUAAGUGUGGAGAAACCAAAGCCAGUGGCAUUUCUGUGUUGUAAACUCAACUUUUAUUUUCACAUUCAUUUAUGGUUUUUUGCAAGCAUUGAAACAAGAGAAUAAAAGAAUUUGCUCAAAUGUACAAUUGGUUUCACAUUUCAAUCUGAGUCAGUCAAAUGUAGCUUCAGUAACAAUACCAACCACAGUACUCUACCUGUUUUGUCGCUCAUUUGUUUCCCUGUGCAUUGAAAAGGUUAUACUCACAAAGGUAUUUUGUAUUUACAGUUUGCUCAGAAUCGACAGAAUCAUUCAGGCUUGAUCAUGUGCAAUGUGUGCUUAUUGUCCACUUGAUCAAACACCAUACAUUAAUUAUCAGGCUUCUUAAUAACUGAUUGAAAUAAUGCCAACAUGUCCUGAUGGCUGAUUAAAGUGCUGUAGUUUUGACAAAAAUUUGAACCAAAGACACAGAGAGAAUAUAUAUAUAUAUAUAUACAUAUAUCUUUGUUUUUUUUCUUCUCAUGUGAUAGUACAUUUCAAGGCGUUCUUUUUCAUCACCUGUUGAUCAGUUGUUCUGUCAUUAUUAUAAUAGACUAAAUGUUGGUACCUCAAAAUUGACCCAAGCAGUUACCUCAGCUGAUGUUUUGAUAAGUCACUUGCAGUGUAAAGGGGAGACCAUACACCUGUACAGCCAUGUGUAAUAACCAUGUAAUACCAUUGCUAAAGGUCCCUACAUUCAAAUGGGAUUCCUUGUUGCUCCACCGUGUUUGUGGUUUAUUUAAGUUGUACUCAAAAGCUUUUUUUUUGUUUUUGUUAAAGAGUAAUGUGUUAAAAUGCUUAAAAAGUCAGUGUGUAGUAUCCAAUGUAGCUUGUAUAAACCUGAAAAUGAGGGAAGUUUGGAACUAAUGUUUUCUGGAACGCAAGAGCGGCUUUCAGCGGCAUAAGCUGGCCUUUGUCGCCACUUGAGUCUAAAAUGGUAUUAAAUUAAAUCCACAUCUCUGUAACUCAAGGGACUUGAUUCAGCUGUAUGUAGUGAAAACGUAUAGGGAUGAAAUAAAAGUCUCCUCUGCUGGAGGUAAUGGCUAUUUGUAUUUUGCAGAGAUUUCAGUAAAGUUACUGGCUUUCUUAGUUA